AUGGGCGCCCUCGGAUCGUUGUACGCCCCGUUCUUGGGCCUAGGACUGCUCAGCAUUGUGCUUGCCUAUGCCUACGUUUCUGCCGAAACGGAUACGUCAAAGAUACCAGAGAAGAAUCUAUCUGGCUCCCGACCGCUAUCGAUCUUUGACAACGCCGACCGUCGCAAGGCAUCGCGAGUCCAAGACGUUGCGGACCUUGAAACAGAUGAAACAUCAUCUCCCGAAACGCACACAGUUUUGGAGUCUUUUCUGGAAACUUCUGAACAUACGAGAAAGUCACAACGUCAUUCCUCAUCCAGUGAUGAGACCGAGCAGGAAUCUGACACAUCCAGGCACAUCCCCGCCACCGCUCCAACUUACAUCCCCAAGGUGAUUCCAUCCGGUCCUCCUCCCCCAAUGCCCCCAUCACCAUCUGAUCCGGAGGCGUCCCAAGACGACUUUUACUACGACCCGGCGACGGAGUACGCGAAGGCUAGAGUAAAGUACAGAGACACCCAAAUCAUCAAGGAUAAAGAAGAAUUUGACUUCAUCGUCGUGGGCUGUGGAUGCACAGGAUGCCCGCUCGCCAGUUACCUUGCCCUGAAAGGAGAAGGACGGCGAGUCUUGGUGCUCGAGAGAGGCCUUGAACGCACAUUUGAGCAGACGCCUAUGGCCAUGACCGUCUACGGACACGGCGUAGCGGCCGCAGACCCAACUCUAGCACAGGUGUAUAAUACGCGGAACGGAGUCCGGACCCACGUCGCGACGGUUAUGGGCGGUGGAACAGCUAUCGAUUUGGCGAUUUAUGUCGAGGAGACAGAGAGCUACUUUAAUUAUAUGAACAAGCGGUUUCCUGCCUACAAAUUUCAUUGGCCCACGAUUCAAAGGGCGUACAGAUAUGCAAGAAGAAUCAUUGCUCGUCGCAUGCCCUACGAUAACUACUUCGGCCUGCGCUACCAGCAAGCUCUUCAGUCAAGAGGCUACAAGCCUAUCGGAGGAACAAUACCGGCAGACUACUCUACGUCGCUGCAAAUGGACAGAGUGUGGAGCAGCUACAGUCUCUUCGACGUCAACGAUGGAGGAUUCCGUAGAACGACAGACGUCUUCAUCGACGAGCUGCCUGAGGAAGCGAAGCGUAAUGUGGUUGUGCGCACAAAACAUAAUGUGGAGUGGGUCGAGUUCGACCUCGACCAAAUUCCCCCGCGUGCAAAGUGCGUGGUCUACCGUCCGACAGCAUACGAUGACAUUAAGCCACAAGGCACCAGCUUUGCGUCGUCCUUGCCUUCGAGCAGUGCGCAUUGGGGCCCGUGGAUUGGCACUUUCCUAGCACCCAAGACAGUCCUCAUCCAGUCGGGCGAGGUCGAUCCGAAGGACUUCUUCUUGAAGAAGGAAGCGAAAUUCUUCCGUAAGGUCUGCCUUACGGAUAGGCAAGGCUCGCAAAUCAUCCUCAGCGCUGGAGCAAUCAACACGGCAGUUAUCCUCUUCAAAUCUGGAAUUGGCCCGAUUCCACAGCUGAAAAAAAUCAAGGCGCCUGUGAUCGUGGAACACCCCUACUUAGGGCAACGCUUCAGCGAUCGGGUGUUUAUCCCGGUGAGCGCAUUUUCGAAGCACUACGCGGACGAGUUGACACCUGUCCCGUUCGCUCCCAUCAGGCGUCUGUCGAACUUGGAUCCGCUUGCGUCCAAGGCUACGACGCCGAGAGUUUGGGGUCGCAGAGACAAGAACGCGGCCAACAAAGGCGAACCAGAUGGGAACAGGCGCAACGAGGACGCAAAGUCAGGCAGCCGGAAAGAGCGAAGGCAUAACAAGGGCGCCUUAGCUACUCUGAGUGGGCAAAGCAAUGUGGCCGAUGAGGCUGAGAAGGAAUCAGCUCGUGCGGGCGUCGUUCGAACGGAGGGCGGAAUCUCCGCCUUGGCACUCGCAGAAACGGAAGAGAGGCUGCCCCCUGCGGCCACCGAGUCCGAUGCCGAGGAUACCACGACAGGCACGACGCCAGCUCGCAUUUUCCUCGCAGACCUGCAGAAGCCCAUCCCUCCGGAACUCUCGGGCAAAUACCUCGACGUGUACCUCCCUGAGAAAGGGGAACUCGAUCCGCCGCGCGUAUGCCAAGGCAUGGGUAUCAAAAGAGGAGGCCCACCUCAUGGAUGCGACAAGGAGAAUUACAGCAUCGGCCGCCGAACGUUGAGCUGUUCUCUAAUGGUCGCGGAAGAGAUGUCCGGAGGCCGGGCUCAGGAAGGCAUCAUUUAUGCCUCGCGCUUCAUCUUCCCGCCCCUGUUCCGCAAUGACCCUCUGGUGGACGUGAUCUUCGAGAUUCUUCAGUCUUGCUCCGAAUACCGCGCGCCGUUCGGUGUCGCAGCCUUCAAACCCAUGUGCGCCAUAGUUGCACCCAUCGUAAAGUGCUUCCGAAAAUCUCUGGCGACGUUCUACUUCACAGCCGAGCCCAAAUCACGAGGAACGGUUCGUCUGUCUGCCAAUGGAAUGGUCGAUAUCAACGGCAACUACCUGAAGGAUGAGCAUGACCUCUUCGACGCUGUCCGCGGAGUGUCCAACUUGAUCACUGCCAUGAACGGCGACGCGUACAGGGGUGUCCUUCAGCCCGCAGGGUCUUUUUCGUGCCCGGUGACUGUCCUCAACGGAUUGCUCGACCUCAUUCUAACUGUCGCCAGCACGACGUCUCUCUUUGUGACAAAGCCCGGAAACCUUCCUCUGAUACAAAAGUACCUGCAAGACCUGCUUCCCACGACCAGCCGCCGCCUUCGUCGCUUGGUGGCCAUUGGUGAGGACGUCAAGCCGCGUCGUCUAGAAACAACGGACCUUGGCGACUUUGAGGAACCGGGAGACUAUCACCAGGACGGCAUGAAUGAGCCAAACACAUUCAUCAUGGAAGACUACAGCGAACACGUCAUCACCGAUGUCGACGAAAAGAAGAUGGAGGAGCUCGGCAUCAAGCGCAAGCUAGAAGAGGCCGGCUUCGACUUCGAAGAGUACAGGAAGCACCUAGACCCCAGUGCGGAGGAGGACAAGGAUUCAGUCAUCUCGGAGACUGCCAACUGGUUCGUGUCCCGCCGUCUGCAGCAGCAGAUGGAAGAGGAUCUCCACCUCACCGAAGAGGAGAAGCAGACCGCGCGUCGCUUAAUGGACCUGCAGCGCGAGCGCGACGGGCAGACUGGCGUCCCUUCGGGACUCCCCGCAGACAUCGAGCGCGAAGACACCGCCUCGACGGCUCCUGCUUUCGAGCUGUCUGCAGAUGAACUGGCUGAGGCGAAAGCGGCUUGCCGCAAACCAUGCAGCGAGGAGGGAAACGAGAGUUGCGCGGCUGCUGACGUGUGCUGCGCAGCGUUCAACAACACGCUGUGCAUUCGCACAGAGGAGACCGUUGCACUCGAGCGGCGCUUGCGAGAGGAGCUGAGCCAGAAGAAUGGGGCGACUACCAGUGCUCCCUCUCGACAGGCUCGACGCGUGGACGAAGGGUACUCCGCGGAAAAGACUGCUGUGCAGCCCGAAAUGUUCCUCGGCGCUUUGCCAUCGGGCCUGCCCGAACUGCUCAACUUCACUCCGUCUCCACAGAAGAGCCCGCCCCAUCCACUCCUCUACGACAAACCGCCGCCUCAUGACUUCCCCACUUACCUCAAUCCAGCCAAGCCUGAUGGUUUCCCAGAUUCAUCGAUGUUCCCCGUCGCCCCGCCGCCAGGCACACCUCCUCUCGAUAUUCUCCCGACUCCCAACAAGCAGUGGGCCGCCACAUAUCCACCCCGACUUCCAAAUCCCUACAAGCCCAAAGAACUGGCCAAGUACGCGCUCACGUACAUGUCGAGUGUAUGGCAUCACUGCAACACCACCCCGAUGGGCGAGGUUGUCAACACGGACUUCGAGGUCAUCGGCACUCGGGGGCUUUCUGUAAUCGACGCCUCCGUAAUGAAUCAGCUGACCCGACUGAAUCCUCUUGCCACCCUUAUCAUGUUCGGCAUCUACGGCGCCAUGAAGAAACUGAAGAAAGCUGGCGUACGCGACGUUAUGCCUCCCGCGCAUCCCGAAUACUGA